UCAAGUGUCCUAAAACCAAAAAUGAUCAAAAGAAAACUGCCGUUCAGCAAGUGGAGACUGGCAUGCAGAUUCCCUGGCCUGCAAGCUUAGAGCAGGAAGAUUCCAAAUACUGCUGGAAGGAUGAAAAAGAAGAAAGGAUGUCACAAAAAAAUGACCCGGGACAGCUGGAUUCAGGUUCAGCAGAGAGACUCCACCCCUCCACGAGAAGGCCUGGCCUACAGUUUCAUUUCAUUUGGGAGAUUCUUGUGCUUUUGAAUCUGCAGAACCACAAGUUAAGGAUUUUGUAAAUGAGGCCUGUGGGGAUGGGCAGGGGGAGGGCGAGUCCUGCUCCUGAGGUAGAACUUGAGGAGACCCAGUGGAAAAGAAGGGAGUCCCCAGAAUCAGAAAAAAGGAGGAGAGAUGCUUUGUUUUUUGUUUUUUUUUUUUUUUUGUAAGAAAAAAGGCUGAGGGAUGAGAGACCAGGGUCAGGUGUGUGGGCAGAGAAUAGGGUCAGGGGAUGCUCCCUGCAGGGAGAAGUAGCCAUUCUGGGGCCAGGGAAGAGAACCAACUAUUUCUUCCUUAUCUUGUCUACCAGUUCCAGUCUCUGCCGUUCUCCAUCUCAGCAGGGAACACAGGGCAUGCUGUGGACUGAAUGUUUGUGUCUCUCUCAAAUUCUUAUGUUGAAAUCUUAACCUCCAAGGUGAUAGCAUUAGGAAGUGGGACCUCUUGGGAGUUAACAGGUCAUAAGAACAGAGCCCUCAUAAAUGGAAUUAGUGCCCUCAUAAACAGGCCAGAGAGCUGCCUUGCCCCUUCCAUAAUGCGGGGAUGCAGAGAGAAGGGCAUCUGUGAUUCAGGAAAUAAAUCCCCUCUGGACACCAAAUCUGUCUGUGCCUGUAUUGUGUACUUUCCAGCCUCUAGAACUGAGAAAAAUGAAUUUCUUUUGUUUAUAAGGUACUCAGUUCAUGGUGUUUGGCUAUAUCAGCCUGAAUCAGGUAAGACCAGGGGCCGCACAGUAGGCAGGUCCCUAUGGACCACAUCAAAACAUUUUCAUUUAUUCUAAAAUCAGAAGAAAGAUAAUUUUUUUUCAAGCCAAAGAAAAUGUUUCACCAUAUAAUAAUAAUAUAUUCUUUUUAUAUCAACACAGAGGUAAACAUAUCUUAAUAUAUGAUAGAUGAAGGGGCCCAGGAAACCAAAAGUACCUAGGAUUUGAGAAAGUCAUAUUGUGAAUUGGAUAUUUUAGAUGUCUCGUUUGUGGAUUUUACCUGCAAGAAAAUGUCAGAACAGCAAUGCAAACACAAGAGAAUAAGUCAGCCUUCAUAAAGCGAGUCCUUUGCCCUUGGUGGCCCUGGCAGGAAGCUUCCCUCCUCUGGGUAAGGAGUCUUACCUGGAGGGCCCAGAGUAGAGUUCCUUCAGCUAUUGCAGUUCAGCCUGUGUCCCUCUUCUAAUUUUCAUGCUGGAGGAUCUCAGAGCUCAGGGGAAGGAUGUUUUCCUGAAGAACAAAGUUACCGCCUUUUGUGUUAGGAGAAAUGAGGAAGAAUUGAAUUGUGCAUCUUAUGAAAACACAAUUUUCUUAUGAAAUUUGGAACUAUUUCCAAAUUAUAUAUUUGACAAGGGUCUAGUACCUAGAGUAUAUAAGGAAUUCAUGUAACUCAGCAAUAAAUGACAAACAACCAAAUUUAACAAUGGGGAAAAAGCUGUGAGUAGAGGUUUCUCUAAAGCAAACACAAAAAUGACCAAGAAGCACAUGCAAAGAUGUUCAAUGGUUUUCAUCAUUAGGAAUCCACAUGGAUGAGCUGAAGUGAAAUAAUGGUUUAAGGAGGUCAGUUCACCAGAGAGGUCUCAGUGGGACAUGGCAGCACUAGGGCAGCUUCUAAGUGAAAAGACUCAGCCCCACACCACACAACUACUUCAUCAGCCCCAUGGGCCCUGGAGACCAUCGUGAGUUGGGGAGAAAAAGAGAUACAGCCAUGAGCAUGAAGUGCAGGAUCCCAAGAGUGUGUGAGAAGAAAAAGAAAUGCUGAAUCAAAUGAUUGAAAACAAAGGUGUUUUAAAUUAUGCUGGGAAUGGGAAUGAUUACCUCCCUGUUGAAAUAGAGUCCAUUGAGAUACCUCUCAUCUUUCAGGAAGCCUCAUAAGACCCCACAUCACCAUAGAGCUGUUGACCACAAACAAGGUUCAGUAUGCCAGAGCUCCAAGCCAUUUAGCUUACCUCUGAAAAUCACAUUAUGAUGAUUUAUGAGGAGUGCUAAUAAAAUUAAGCUUAUCACAUACCAUAUAUUGAGCAAUUAUGUACAAAGCUUACUAAAACCCACUGGAGUCCUAGCCUGUAAUUGCUCAGUGGGUAAAAGUAAAUUUUCAGAGUGAUGAAAUAUUUUUGAGUUACUGGUAAAAAAAGAAAUGAGACACUGAACUGAUUUCUCAAUGAGAUAAAUAGAGGCAGUAUAAAUAACUGUAUAAAACUUUUAUUAAUGAAUAUAAAAAUCACCCACUUUUGAGAUAAAUACACAAGAAAAUUCAUUAAGAAUAAAGAGGGCUGCUCAACUCUAUUGUUCUGCAGAGAAACCAGAGUCCCUUUAUGCACUUCAAUAAGCUCUACUUAUCUUGGCCUCAAAAUUCAUGUAAUAAAACAGAGACCUUCAAUUUAUAAGUUAUACUGGAAUUCAAAACAAAGACCACCAGAUAGCAGUGAAAACUGGUGUUGUGCUUCUGGAGUUGCAAAUGGGCACAUGCAAAAGUAUAUAUGGAUUGGGCAGGUGUUUCAGCAACAUACUGAGUUUAAUAAGGACCUAAAUGUCACUGAAUAUUUAACCCAAAAGCUAACCAUGACCUUACACACUGAUUAUUCUGGUUUGACUUUGGCCAACAGUCACUAUUUUUUUUAAACUUUUAUUUUAGAUUCUGAAGUAUGCAUGCAGGUUUGUUAUAUAAACUCAUAUUGUAUGGAUUAUUUCAUCAUGCAGGUACUAAACCUAGUAGCCAAUAGUUAUUUUUACUGCUCCUCUCCCUCUUCCCAUCCUCCACCUCCAGAAAGAAGACACACAUACUGUAAAAAUAAUUGAAGAGGACCUAGUUCAUAUUGAGCAAUCUUCCCCAAACCCUGAAACAGGUCUACUUUCUAACACCAGAGAUGUCUUGAAUGAGUCCCACCCCUGCAGUCCGCUCUCUCUGGAACAGACUGAGGAAGUUUGCUCCAGCCUUAGAACAGCAUGGGCUGGCAAGCGUGCUCAGAGAGGCUCUCAACUUCAACUCUAAAGGCCCUGAGGAAUAUGUGCAACUGGGUCGGGUUAAGGCCAAGCUGAACCACAUGACCAGGGCUCUCACCGGCGCCAAAGUCAGUGGAAGGAUAUCAGUCCCCAGAGCUCUGUUACAGGCCAUGGGAUGCUCCAUGGAAGGGUGGUGAGCAUAUGAAUAACAAUCAGUAGAAACAUGAGUAAUGGACAGGAGGCAUAAAUAAACAAUGUCCGCCCUCCACUAAAACCCAGGAAAGUUCUCAUUCAAAAAACGAUGUCUUGAAGAAAACAGAGAGCCUUGGGAGGAGCCUGAAUCACUGAUGGAAUUGGACAGUUCAUGGAGAUGGCUCAGCAGGACAAGGGUAAGUGCAGGGACAAGUCCAGGUCAUACUGAGAGACAAUGAGUGGUGCUGAUGGGGACAGACAAAGACAAAAUCAAAAUGCUGAAAACUCAUCCCUGUGUGACCUCAAACGGUUGCCUGGCAUGCUGGCCACAAUCUACCUCACUCUUGUCAGAGUCUGAGCUACUGGCAGUGCUUUCAGCUCGAGUUCAGGCAUCUCGAACCUUGUUUUUGUGGUGAAGGAUCCUAAAGUGCUGUGGGGAGUGAUCACAUUUUUCACAACAUCCCUGGCUCCACUUCUUCUGCCACAAACGUCAGCAUGGUGGUAUCUGCCGACCCCUGGUCCAGUGAGAAAGCAGAGAUGAACAUUCUAGAAAUCAAUGAGAAAUUGCGCCCCCAGCUGGCAGAGAACAAACAACAGUUCAGAAACAUGAAACAGAAAUUUCUUGUAACUCAAGUGGCCGGCUUCCUGGCCAACCAGCAGAACAAAUACAAGUAUGAGGAGUGCAAAGACCUCAUAAAAUCUAUGCUGAGGGAAGAGCUGCAGUUCAAGGAGGAGAAGCUUGCAGAGCAGCUCAAGCAAGCUGAGGAGCUCAGGCAAUAUAAAGUCCUGGUUCACUCUCAGGAACGAGAGCUGACCCAGUUAAAGGAGAAGUUACGGGAAGGGAGAGAUGCCUCCCGCUCAUUGAAUGAGCAUCUCCAGGCCCUCCUCACUCCGGAUGAGCCGGACAAGUCCCAGGGUCAGGACCUCCGAGAACAGCUGGCUGAGGGGUGUAGACUAGCACGGCACCUUGUCCACAAGCUCAGCCCAGAAAAUGAUGAAAAUGAGGAUGAAAAUGAUAAAGCGGAGGAGCUUGAUAAAGUACAGGAAUCACUUGUCCGUAGGGAGGCGCAGAAGGCUGAAGAAAGUGAAGUCCCUGAGGACUCACUGGAGGAAUGUGCCAUCACUUGUUCAAAUAGCCACAGCCCUUGUGACUCCAACCAGCCUCACAAAAACACCAAAAUCACAUUUGAGGAAGACAAAGUCAACUCAACUCUGGUUGUAGACAGUGAAUCCUCUCACGAUGAAUGGCAGGAUGCUUUAAACAUUCUCCCAGAGAAUCAAAAUGAUCAGGAGGAAGAGGAAGGGAAAGCACCAGUGCUCCCCAGGAAGCUGCAGGAGUCUGAAGAGAAGGAAGUCCUGCAGGACUCCCCGGAGGACAGUGUUUUGACUUCUUAUAGUCACCAUGAUAUGUCCCAAUCUUACCAACCUUGUGAAGGCACUUUCUUGGCACUGGAUGAACAGAAAGUUUGCUCUGCUCAGGUUGUAGCCAGCGAACACUCCAAUUACAAAGGGGAAGAAACUCCACUUGGCUUCCCAGAAAAGCAAUAUGGUCUUGAAGAGGUGAAAAGACAAGAAACAGUUGCUUCCAGGGUCAGCAGGGAAUCGCUGAGGGUGGACAAGCAUGAAGUCCCCCAGGAGUUACUGGAUGGAUGUUAUUUGAUUGCUUCUGUUCUUCCUGACCUGACUCAUUCCUGCCAGCCUUAUAGGAGAACCUUGUACUCUUUUGAAGAAAAGCAAGUCAGCUUGGCUCUUGUAGACAAAAAUCUAAAUGACCAAAAGAAGAUGGAAGACCAAGAACUACUGUGCCCCAGGCUCAAUAGGGAACUGCCAGAGGUGGAGGAGCAUGAAGUCCCUCAGGAGGCAUGGGAUGAAGCUGACUCCACUCUUCCAAUCCUUCCUAAUCUGACUGGCUCCUACCAGUCUGAUAUGAGGAGUGCCCUGCAUUCAUUAGAGGCACAGCAAGCCUGCGUGGCUUUUGACGUAGACAAAAUUAGAAAGGAUCAAGAGGAGCUAGCAGACCAAGACCCACCAUGCCCCAGGCUGAGACGGGAGCUGCUAGAGGUGGAGCAGGAGGUCCCAGAGAACUCCUUGGAGGAAGUUUACUUGACUCCUUCAGUUCCCCAUGACCUAUAUGACUGCCACCAGGCUGAUAGUGGCACCUUGUACUCAUUGGAGGAUCAGCUUGCCUGCUGUGCUCUGGAUAUAGCCUCUCCCACCCAGGAAGCUUAUCCCCACGGGCCUUGGAGUGGAGACAUCAGCCACCACCUGUCAGAGGUGCAGGCUUCACAGGCACAGCUGCAGCCAAGCACCCUGGUGCCCAAUUCUUUGCGACUACAGCUGGAUCAAGAGUUUGACUGUGGCUAUAGCUUAACCAGAAAGGGCGUUUCCUCCACCAUCUGCAGCUUCACAGCCAAUGCUGAUCCUGGGAACCAAUGGCCUUUCCAAGAGCUGGGUUUAGAGCCUUCCCUUGCAAUGAAGAACCCUCCCCAGCUGGAAGGUGAUGCUCUUGAAGGUUCAGCUGACAACACACAUGGGCAUCAAGUCAUUGGCCACAUUCACGCGUCAAGUGUCCUAAAACCAAAAAUGAUCAAAAGAAAACUGCCGUUCAGCAAGUGGAGACUGGCAUGCAGAUUCCCUGGCCUGCAAGCUUAGAGCAGGAAGAUUCCAAAUACUGCUGGAAGGAUGAAAAAGAAGAAAGGAUGUCACAAAAAGUAGGUUUUCCACUUGAUGAAAAAAACUAAAACAGCAAAGCAAGUUUAAGUCCAAACAACACUGCAGGGGUCCUUCACUGAGGAUUGAAUUUUAGACACAGAAUGCUCUUGAUGAUUGCAAACCACUAGGCUCCUUUGAUUUGAGAAACCACAAUCGUUCCCAUUUCCACUUGAGAUGAAUACCCAAGGAGACCAAUUCCCAGAUGGACAAACAGCAUUGAGGGGCCUUAGCCCUGCUCCUCUCAAUUCCAUCCUGUAGAGAACAGGAGUCAGGAGCCGCUGGCAGGAGACAGCAUGUCACCCGGGACUCUGCCAGUGCAGAAUAUGAACAAUGCCAUAUUCUUGCUGAAAACACUUAGCCUGAGUUUCAUAGGAAGUAAUCACCAGACAACUGCAGAAUGUAGAACACUGAGCAGGACAACUGACCCCUCUCCUUCACACAGUCCAUGUCACCACAAAUCACACAACAAAAAGAGAAGAGACAUUUUGGGUUUAAAAGGAUUGAAAAGAUAAUGUAGCUCACUUCUUUAGUCAUUUUGAACCCAAAGUAUCUCCUCAUCUUUUUGUUGUUGUCAUUGAUGGUGGUGACAUGGAUUUGUUUGUAGAGGACGUCAGCUGUCUGGCUCAAUUUUCUUCAUUCUGAAGUUGUCAGAAAAUUUCCUUAUGAUUAAAUUCAGCCUGAAUGUUUUGCCAGGAACACUGCAAAGUCAAUGCUGUGAGUUUCCAACCUCAGUCCAUCUGCGGGCAGAGAAGUUCCAGUUUGUCCAUCACCAUUAUUGUGAUAUCAGGACUGGUUACCUGGUUAAGGAGGGGUCUAGGAGAUCUGUCCCUUGUAAAGACACCUGAUUUAUAAUUAAUUUGGAAAGUGGUUUGAAAAAGUACAAAUACCCUGUAUUCUAACAAUCUUCCUCUGAGCAUUUCAUCAUCAAUCACCCCUGGCUGUGUCAGUUAUUAUAUUUAUGUUUGUACAUUGGAAAUUUCUAUCUCAGUCCUUACUAUGAACUUGUUUCUGCUGGCAUUCUGUUGUGAAAAAGAAUAUUCCCUGCCCACAUUUUAACUUUCAUCCAAGAUUAAUUUUAGUCUAUUAAAAUUAAAAUGUUUAUGUUUUAAAUCUGUUUAAAA